AUUACAGCAUUUUAAAAAGUGUAUUGCCUUCAUCCAUGAAUGUCGUUUGAAUGGUGGCGCUUGUUUGGUUCACUGCCUCGCAGGUGUGUCCCGCAGCACCACCAUGGUGGUGGCCUACCUGAUGACUGUCACUCACUACAGCUGCGAGGACUGUCUGUCUGCCGUCAAGGCUGUUCGCUCGUUUGUCGGCCCAAACUACGGCUUCCAGCAGCAGCUGCAGGAGUACCAGAACACAAAAGUCACAGAGUACCGAGCGUGGUUGGAGUCCAGCUUCCGUCCCAGUCCAUUCAACGACCAGGAGCAGGUGGGAGCUCUGCUGAGUCAGUACACAGAGC